AUGACGUCCGAUAACGCGCUGACUUCCGAUACAAAUUCCAGUCAAGCCAUGGUCUCUGCAGACCAAACCAUAUCCACUAUGCCUACUAUGCGCGGAAAAAGCACUGCCUUACCAGUGACCGUUGGUGUUGUCAGCAAUAAGGUGGACGCAAAUGGUAACAAUAUUCUCAUCACCAAGAGCAACAUCCUCAUCUCGAAGAGCGAUCGAGUGAAGCUUGCGCACACCAUCAAAGAGAUGCUGUCGAGCAGCCCGGAGGCGAGUACAGCCAGCUCCAUGAGUAUCGACGAUCUCUUCGUACUCUUGACAAACAUUGCGACGAACUCGGCCAUGCUCUCCCAUGCCGCGGGUGUCAUUUCGGCUGCAAGGAGUGGUGACACGGGUGCUUUGUCCGGCCACAUUGUAGGCUUGUUGGGUGCAGCAGUGCCUGCAGCUAUUAUGUCUCCUUCUACAUUUGGCACUCCUGCUCCAGCUGUAGCUCCUGUUGCCACCUCAGGGACAGCAGAUGUCGCUGUCCCCGCUGCAGCUCCUAUCUCGCCGAUGACGCCACAUGAAGCUCCCGCUAUGUCGGCCUAA